AUUUCCACACGUCAAAGAAAUUAAUUUAACAAGUAAAAAAUCAUUAAGUUAAAAUGGAGAAGAAAGAUAUCACUAAUGUUCAAGUACUAUAUAGAGAAUGGGGAAACUAUAUCACUAUCAUUCUUGAACAAUAUUCUAGAGCAUUAACCUAUUACAACAAAUCUUAUGAAAAGAAUCCUCUUGAUACUCGCGCAUUGCUUGGAAGAGCAUGGGCCCUGUCAAAGGUGGUUAGUUAUGAAGAAGCUCUAUUAGAUGUAAAUAAAGCAAUUGAACUUGCACCCGAUAAUUUAAUUGCUAGGGCUCACAAGGCGUUAAUAACAUAUUUGACAUGUGAGUUUGAGGAAGCACUGGUACAAAAUACUCGUUUAAUUCCUCUUAGAAAGAAGCCCGAAAACUUUGUUAUGGGUGUUAUGCAUUGUACCGAGGCCAUACAAAAUUGUCUUGGUGAACGAUGUGGUAGACCAUUAAGAGAUCAUUUUAAAAUAAUUAGAAGAUUGGCCUGGAAAGAGCAUUUUGAGUCUCUAAAGCCCUAUACUGCAAAAGCUAAAUUAGCAAAACCUAAAAGAAAUAACAGAAAAAAGCAAUUUAAGGAUUUGGCAGCGGAAAAUAAAUUACGCAAUAGAAAGAGCAAAACAACACCCGUAGAUGGUGAAGAAAAAUGCUCAGAAAUUCUAGACAGUUUACACAGCACAAAUUCUGAAGAUAAUUAUAUUCCACCAUUUACCAAUCCAUUUCCAUAUAAACCUCUGCAAAAUUAUACAAAAAAUAUAAAAAAUUAUAUGGCCGAAAAAUAUUUAGACUGCAUGUAUUUAGAUAAAAUUUAUUUGCAAAAAAUCAGAAUGGAAAAAGGAAUCAAAUCACCUAAUUAUAAAGGCACUCUUAAAAUCAAAAGUCUUGCAAAAAUUGGAUACAAAACUGUAUGUUAUAAACAGGAAUUGUUACGUACCCGCCGACCAUUUUAUUAUUUGAAAUAUCAUGAAGUACAAUCUACGGGCGAAUUAAAAUCUCGACAAGAAAAGCAAUUUGAACUAUUGCAAGAUAAAGCAACAAAAUAUGCAGAUAAAAGAAUGAGAACGAUCAAUAAUGCCUUGGCAAGUAAAGACUGGAAAUUGGUUCUAAAUAAUACGGAAAAUCUUAUGAUAUUUUGUGAAAAAACUCCCAAGAAAUUAUUGAGGAAUAGGGACAUGUAUAUGAGCGCUGUUUAUACCUCCGUUUGUAACGCUCAUUAUGAUAUGAAACGGUUGAACCCCAAUAAAUCUGAUCAAAGUCAAAAGAAGAGAAUAAUGGUUACUUUUGGAAUGACCUUAACGAGGACACUUUCAAAAGAUUCUGUAAUUCAACAAUUCAGAGAUAAUAUAGUAGAUUUUAAUAAACAAAUUGAUGUGUAUUUGGAGCGUAUGAAAAAAGCUCAAGGACAUGAAGAAUUAGUUUGGAUAUAUCACGAAUUAUCACGAUUAUAUUCAGAAACGAAACAAUAUGAAAUAUCUAGAAUGUACGCCAAAAAGUGCCUUACAGAAGCUCAAAUAUGCGAGAAUAACAAAUGGGCAAUAAAUGCUCUCACAUUAAUUAUCAGGGCACACGUUCAACAGUCUCAUAAAAAUGAUGCUAAAAAUGAAAUAUUAAGAGCUAUUGACAUCAGUACUCAAAUGGUAGAUCCCGUUGUAACCGCUUUUAUGACCAAAGCAUUAGAAGUCAUCCAUGAGAUGAACUUUGAAGAAGUGCAAGCUACGAAAGAAUUGGAAAAACGAGAAAAGAAAAUCGUUGGUCUUAUGCCCGAUUCUGCUAUGCAAAGUGAAGCUGCUCAUCUCUUUAGGAUGCUGGCUACUAUGCCAGCAAAUAGAAGAAUGUCUGUAAUGCCUGGAAUUAAAAUAGAAGACAGUGAACAAAGUAAGAAACGUCAGACAUUGUCAUUGAAAACUUUAUUAUUUUCCAUUUCCAACAAGUAAUUUACAAGUUACUAUAAAUAAUAAAGUGAAUAUUCCUUUGGCAAGGUAAGUAGACAAAUUUAAAAGUAUAAUUACAACUUGAAAGAAUUUUGUCAAUAUCUCAAUAUUAUUAUUAAAAAUAUACAUUUCGUAAUAUCUUA